AUGGCGUGUAUUGACACCUUGCAAGAUGUGAUUCCGCGUGUAGUGGCAUUAAAAUUUGACCGAGACAUGGAAGACUCGGCUGAUACUAAGAAGCAAACCGCGUAUGUAUCGCCCGAACGUGUGAUUUACUUUCGCAAUUUGGCCUCAUCAGACAUUCCGCAAGUGCGCGCACUACAUGAAGACUGGUUUCCCAUUCGCUACAAUCAAACGUUCUACGAUGGCGCAGCUCAGGGACUAUGGAUGGAGACAGGCGGUCCUCUUUUCGCUCGUCUGGCAGUAGAAUCGCAAACUUUACUUAAGCUGCAAGCGCCAUUCCAGUCUAGUCCAGAUCACAGGCGAGAUGAACAUAUCUACGGCGCCGUGACAGCCAGCACGCUACCGCUAAGCAAAAUUGAUGACUCAGACCUUAUCUCUUCAGACGACUGGGAGCACACUCAUGUAAUGUACAUUCUGACACUGGGCACUCAGGCAUCGGUCAGAAGAAUGGGCAUCGCUUCGGCGCUUUUGCAGGAAUGCAUCACUCAAGCCUGUCGUCAACCACAGUGCGGAGCAGUUUACCUUCAUGUCAAAGCAGAUAAUUUGAGUGCCAGGCAAUUUUAUGAGAAGAAUGGGUUUCAAAAUUUGCGCUAUUUGCAAGAUUACUAUAUGAUUGAUGGAGUGCGGCAUGAUGCAUUUCUAUACAUUCGCUACGUAAAUGGUGCUGUUCCGCAAGGUGGAUGGUUCGACCUCAUUACAAGACCGCUAUUCGCGUUAUUUUCAAUCGCUACUCUUGGUUGGAAAAAGCUUCUCGAAGGAUUUGCCAUGGGUGAGUUUGAUGACACGUCAGAAAAGCACGCCCAGACUGAAUCGACAAGUUUAGUUUUGGAUUUGUUAGAUGAGAUCGAAGAUGCAAUGGAUAGCCCGCGUAGAAGUAGAGAAAGUAUAAGAGCAGGAAAUUCGUGCUUUAGUGGUCAAACAGACUCCUCUAAGAUUAUACAAGCUGUGAACAAGGGCAGGAUUCAAAAUGAGCUGGACGAUUUAUUAAACCUGCUAAAUGAUGAGGAACGAAAACUGGGUGAUUUCAAUUCUGAAUUAGCAAAAACAAAAUUACAUUGCUCAUUUAAACAAAUCGAUUCUCAAGCUGGUGCACUUAAAAAGUGCUUAAAAAUUCUGAUGGAUGGAGGGCGUGCAAAUCGUGGUCUAAAUACUGCUUUUUCAUCACGUGUCUGUUCGAAUCUUCGCUGCAACGAAUGCGACUUUGCUGUUCUGCAGUUUUUCGGCAAGAAAUGGGAUGCCACUGCUGAUUACAUGUUUUUUCGUGAGAAUAUGCCAAACGAGGCCAAACUACGUGUAAAAUUGGAAAUUGCUCCAGUGGCUUUCAAUCGAUUUGCAGACACGAGUGGACCAAUGCAAUGUGAAAUGGUCGUGUGCUGGGCAUUAGAGUAG